UUGUCAAUACUUAUUACCUGACUGAAUUGCUUGUCAAGAGAAACAGGAAUACCAGAUUCUUCACUGGCUUUUUAAAACUGAAUGAUCGUCCAGUACGACAAUGGUUAAGUAAGUGAUGGCUUCCAUGAAACUGAGAAAGAUGAUGACUUUCAUAGUGACUUUGAUGUCUGUUGGGUUCUGUUUACUUAUCAAGCUGAAUUCUGACAGACUGUGCAUAUUCUGUCAAGCAAAAUAUGAGGUCAUUUCCUAUAAGAGAGACAGUGGAAAUUUUCUGAACCAGCCACAUGUGAAUUGCAGUAGGGACACUCCAUUCCUGGUCAUUCUUGUAACAUCAUCUCCUGGCCAGUCAAAUGCUCGAACGGCUAUCCGUGAGACCUGGGGCAAAAAAAGGUUAGUAGCCAACAAACGCAUUGUGACCUAUUUCCUCCUAGGAACUACUUUGAAUCACAAUGACCAUAUGGCUGUUACUGCUGAGAGCAUGAAAUAUAAAGACAUCAUCCAGAAGGAUUUUAUAGAUACCUAUUACAAUUUAACAUUAAAGACCAUGAUGGGCAUUGAAUGGAUUCACAAAUUCUGUCCACAGUCUAGCUUUGUGAUGAAAACUGACUCUGAUAUGUUUGUCAAUACUUAUUACCUGACUGAAUUGCUUGUCAAGAGAAACAGGAAUACCAGAUUCUUCACUGGCUUUUUAAAACUGAAUGAUCGUCCAAUACGACAAUGGUUAAGUAAGUGGUAUGUAAGUAAAUAUGAGUAUCCAGGAAACAAGUACCCUCCCUUUUGUUCAGGGACUGGUUAUGUUUUUUCCACAGAUGUUGCUAGUCAGGUGUAUAACAUUUCUGAAAAUGUCCCCUUUGUUAAGCUAGAGGAUGUUUUCAUAGGUCUGUGCCUUGCAGAACUCAACAUCAAAUUGGAAGAACUCAGCUCGAAGCAAACAUUCUUCCCAGAAAGGCUUGACUUUUCUCCUUGCCACUUUAAGAAAAUUGUGACCUGUCAUUUUGUCAAACCUUAUGAGCUGCGGACCUUCUGGAAUGCACUGGAGCAGUCCAUGGAUCAAGAAUGUUCAGGUGGCUGAUACUUUCCAGCUUCAAAAGCGGUCUUAAAAUAGUACUCAAGAAACAGAGAGCAACAUUUGAUGAAGAGCUGUCUUAUACUGAGUCAGAGCAUUGGUCCAUCUAGCCCAGUAGUGUCUGCUCUGGCUCACAGUCUCCAGGGCAGCAUAAGUUCGAGGUCAGAUUCCCAAGAUCUGUUUCCUUAAAACACACACACACACACACACACACACACACACACACACACACCCCAGAAGAUCCCAGAGAUAGGAUCUGGAACCUUCUACAUAUUGGCUGACAUCCUGACUAAAUUGGCAAAGAGGCACCUUUUUAACAUGGCGAUUCUCUUUAUUUAGCAGGGGGAGAGUCACUGGCCCUAUCCACCCUCAGCACAGUACCUCCAGUGACUGUUGCUGGUGUCUAUCUUAUGUUUCUUUUUAGAUUGUGAGCCCUUUGGGGAUAGGGAGCCAUCUUAUUUAUUUAUGAUUUCUCUGUGUAAACUGCCCUGAGCCAUUUUUGGAAGAAAUUGGUAUAGAAAUUGAAUGAAUGAAUGAAUAAAACUAACGACUAUGAGCCUUUCUAAAUGAGAGGGUUUUUUGCACUAGGUUCAGUAGGGUGACUUAAUUUGGAGGGAGUGUGGGCUGUGUGACACACUACAUGUGCAUGUGCCUGUGCAAUUCUGGAAGGCCCCCUCACUGCUGCCCUGGCCUCUGACUUACCAAGGAGAAGGAGAGCAAGAGCAGGGGAUGCAGGAGUGCAUGCAGUCUUGGUAGGAGAAGGGGGGAGGAGAGCACUUUAGGCAGCCAUGGCAGCAGUGGCUGAGCGAGGAAGGGGAGUUGCACAUUCAACACAGCAAAGCCAGGACUUUCUUUCUGAAAGCAGGCUCCAGUGGCACCCUAGAAGCUCUAAAACUGACUAUUUGGAUACACUGGAGCAGAGAGUAAGAAUGGGAUAUGUGGGGAAAUAAAACAUUGACUCAAAAUAUAUUCAGUUGCAUUCAGUUA